AUGGCCGCCCUCCGCGCGACCUCGGGCGGGACGCCACGGGGACCAGGGCCGUGGGAGGCCGGGGCUGACUUCCCCGGGAACGCGGGGCACCGCGACGAUGACGACGAGGAGCCGGGCCAGACCCACCUGUGUGUGCUGUGGAACUCAGGAUAUCUGGGCGUCGCCUACUAUGACACCGGCGACUCCACGGUCCACUUCAUGCCUGACGCUCCGGACGACGACGGCCUCACACUUCUCCAGAGAGUUCUGGAUGAAGUCAGCCCCCGGUCUGUUGUUACGAGUGCUAAGCAGGAUGAAAAUAUGACCCGGUUUCUAGGGAAGCUUGCCUCUCAGGAGCACAGAGAGCCAGAGAGACCUGAAAUCAUAUUUUUACCAAGCGUGGAUUUUGGUCCAGAGAUAUGCAAACAACGUCUCCUUUCUGGAGACUACUCCUUCAUCCCCGAGUCCAUGACAGCCAUGGAGAAAGUCCUCUUCCUCUCCUCCAUUAUUCCCUUUGACUGCCUCCUCACGGUUCGAGCACUUGGAGGACUGCUCAAGUUUCUGUCUCGGAGAAGAGUUGGGGUUGAACUGGAAGACUCUAGUGUCAGCGUCCCCAUCCUGGGCUUUAAGAAAUUUGUAUUGACUGAUCUGGUGAGCAUAGAUCAGGACACUUACAGUGUUCUGCAGAUUUUUAAGAGUGAGUCACAUCCCUCAGUGUACAAAGGGGCCAGUGGGCUGAAGGAGGGGCUCAGCCUCUUUGGAAUCCUCAACAGAUGCCGCUCUAAGUGGGGAGAGAAGCUGCUCAGGCUGUGGUUCACACGUCCAACUCAGGAGCUGAGGGAACUCAAUUCCCGUCUGGAUGUCAUUCAGUUUUUUCUGCUACCCCAGAAUCUGGACUUGGCUCAGAUGCUGCAUCGGCUCAUGAGUCACAUCAAGAAUGUGCCUCUGAUUCUGAAACGCAUGAAACUGUCUCACACCAAGGUCAGCGAUUGGCAGGUCCUCUACAAGACCGUGUAUAGUGCCCUGGGCCUGAGGGAUGCCUGCCGCUCCCUCCCCCAAUCCAUCCAGCUUUUUCGGGACAUUGCACAAGAAUUUUCUGAUGAUCUGCACCACAUUGCCAGCCUCAUUGGGAAAGUGGUGGACUUUGAGGGCAGUCUCACUGAAAAUCGCUUCAUAGUCCUUCCCAACAUAGACCCUGAGAUUGAUGAGAAAAAACGAAGGCUGAUGGGUCUUCCAAGUUUCCUCACUGAAGUUGCUCGGAAGGAGCUGGAGAAUCUGGACUCUCGCAUUCCUUCCUGCAGCGCCAUCUACAUCCCUCUGAUCGGCUUCCUUCUUUGUAUUCCUCGCCUGCCAUCCAUGGUGGAGGCCAGUGAUUUUGAGAUUGAGGGACUGGACUUCAUGUUUCUCUCAGAGGAGAAACUCCACUAUCGUAGUGCUCGAACCAAGGAGCUGGAUGCACUGCUGGGGGACCUGCACUGUGAGAUCCGAGACCAGGAGACCCUGCUGAUGUACCAGCUUCAGUGCCAGGUGCUGGCUCGGGCAGCUGUCCUGACACGUGUGUUGGACCUUGCCUCCCACCUGGAUGCACUGCUGGCCCUUGCCAGUGCUGCCCGGGACUAUGGCUACUCAAGACCCCGUUACUCUCCUCAGUUCCAUGGGGUACGAAUCCAGAAUGGCAGACAUCCUCUGAUGGAACUCUGUGCACGAACCUUUGUGCCCAACUCUACAGAAUGUGGUGGGGAAAGAGGGAGGGUCAAAGUGAUCACCGGACCUAACUCCUCUGGGAAGAGCAUAUACCUCAAACAGGUAGGCUUGAUCACGUUCAUGGCCUUGGUGGGCAGCUUUGUGCCCGCAGAGGAGGCUGAAAUUGGAGCAGUAGAUGCCAUCUUCACCCGAAUCCACAGCUGCGAGUCCAUCUCCCUCGGCCUCUCUACCUUCGUGAUCGACCUCAACCAGGUGGCCAAAGCAGUGAAUAAUGCCACUGAGAGGUCUCUGGUCCUUAUUGAUGAAUUCGGGAAGGGAACUAACACGGUGGAUGGACUUGCGCUUCUAGCCGCCGUGCUCCGAAACUGGCUGGCACUUGGACCCAUAUGCCCCCACAUCUUUGUGGCCACCAACUUCCUGAGCCUUGUUCAGUUACAGCUACUGCCACAAGGGCCCCUGGUGCAGUAUCUGACCAUGGAGACUUGUGAGGAUGAAAACGACCUUGUCUUCUUCUAUCAGCUUUGCGAAGGUGUUGCCAAUGCCAGUCAUGCCUCCCACACAGCUGCUCAGGCUGGUCUUCCCAACAAACUCAUUGCUCGUGGCAAAGAGGUCUCAGACUUAAUCCGUAGUGGGAAACCCAUUGAGCCUGUGAAGGAGUUGCUGAGAGAGAACCAAAUGGAAAAUUGCCAGGCACUGGUGGACAAGUUUCUGAAACUGGAUUUGGAAGAUUCCAGUCUGGACUUGGACGCUUUCAUGAGUGAAGAAGUGCUGCCUGCUGCCAGCGUCAUUCUCUGAGACCGUCUUCUGCCCUCAACAGCCACCUGAGACUCUAGGGCGGCUGGACCUCCAUUUCCUUCCCUCGAGUCAGAGUUCUAUUUGCGUAGAAACAUUUUGUGUUUGUUCCUCCAGAUAGCCUCACUCUAGUUCAGGCUGACCUUGAACUCACAGCUGUCCUCCUACCUCUGCCUCCCAAGUGCUGGGAUUAAAGGUGUGUACCAUCACACCCAGCCAAAACUUGUUUUAUAUUAGGAAUAAAGUUAAUCUGGAUUA